CAGAACCGAGCUGUUGGAGCUGCAGUGGCGGGACGGCUGCCCCGUGGAGCAGCCCGUUCUCGAUCAGCGGAGCAGCGACAAUGACGACGCUUCUUCACCUGAAGAGAUGAAGAGCAAGGCCGAAGGUGGACCAAAGGACGCGGCGGCCGGAGGAGGGGAGGCGGUGGAGGAAUGGUGGAGGCUGUGGCGAGAGGGGGAAAGUGGUGGCUGUGCAGCCGGCGCUGCGGCUGCGCACGGCUACCCGCAGGUCGUUGAUGAUUUGUCGUCGGUGAAUGCCAAGGCCGCAACUGCGAGCGUUGGACCGAGGCAGCGGAUGGGCACCACGGCCGACGAGGAGACGGCGGACGAGCUGUGGAGGACGUGGAGGGAAGGCCAUGGCAGCUCUGCACCUCAGGAUUCUUCGUGCAAGAACUCUAUGUUGAAAGAGGAAGACUCUGUAUUGCCAUGCUCGGCGGCGUCGAGAGGCAGCGGUGGUGCACAAAGGCACUCAUCUGAACAGAUUGAUGAGCAAUGCUCUACACUGGACCAUGCCAUAGAGUACAUGAAGUCACUCCAGCAACAGAUCCAGGUGCUAUCCUGCGGCGGCUACGGCAUGCAGCAGCUGCUCUUCCCGUGCACCUGCAGCCAGGCUCCCCAUACUGUUGUAACUGCGGCGCCCGCGCCCGCGCCGGCAGCACCACUGGGCUCAGCGGUGCCGCCACCACCACCACAAGCCGCCGCCGCCACGCCGUUCUGCCCAACACUACCACUACCACCACAGCCAGCAGCGGUUGUACCGGAUCUGAACCCAGUGAUGCUGGGACCGCCGGGCGCCUUGAGCAUCAGUGGAUUGGUCCGCAUGAACGCCGGGGUGGCAGAUGAGAUGGCGAGCAACACGUCUGAGAUCCCGUUUGGUGGCUGCCCGCGCUGCAGCUUUCGUCGUCGUGCAGGAUAUUGCUAGCUGAUCUCUGUGCUGUUGGGAACUUGGGAUUUGGGAACUCGGUCAAGGUUUAAGCUUCUUAUAGGAUAAAAAUCCCCGGUGGCUGUGCUGCAAUGUGUGUAAUCUGUUGACUUAAGUUACAGAAACAUCAA